CCACGGCACUCCAUGCUGGACAGGUUGCGGCCAUAUUAGGACCUACUCCGCCAUGAAUGAGGGAGGUUACCGAUGGUGGAGGGAGCAACUCAAAACCAUGAUAGCAGAUGACCAAAGGCACGAGCUAUGGACCACUCCGACGAGAGCAAAGCUGCGGCCAAGGAUCCGAAAGUGGUCCCUCACGUAAUCUCGGCGUCGUCAACUUUACUCCCCAUUUGGCGCCCUGGUGGCACCCGGCUUUCUGACGCUUCGAUAGACGACCGCAUUGAUCAGAUUCAGCGACGCGCAAGUGAUCCAGGCCGCUGACGGGGCUUUGCCCGGAGCGUGUACUCUACUGAACGGAGCAAGUAAGCGAGCGCACGGUUCCGACAGCGACGGCGACAGGCUACUAGUGAACGCAUUUCCGGGCCCGUUCAGCACAGAGGUAUGCCCGCUCCCGUCCCUCGUCCAUUCGUUGCAGAUAGAGCUGCAAGAUAGGGGCGGCGGACGAGCAGUUGAAGUAAUCUGUACCGAGAAAUCAGACGGGCAAACGAUAGAGAUCUGUCCUUUCUCCUUCCGUCAGCCCCGCGCUGUAAU